AAAAAAAAAUAUUAUUAAAUUUAGAAAAACGAAAAUUUCUAAUAAAGUUUCUAUAAGAACUCUUUUGAACUAAAUAAAUCUUCUUUAUUAUUAAUAAAAUAGUUUUCUAAAACAAUGCAAAACCAGAAAAUUAAAGUGCCUGUUAUUGUAUCUGAUGUUGAUGGUGUACUAAAAUAAAAUAUGUAUGCACUACCAAAAGCUGCAGAUAUGAUUAGGAUUAUUCGUAAAAGACUUUGUGAGAUUGAUCCUAAUAAGUACCCUAAUGUUAAUUCUUAGAUCCCUUUCUACUUAUUGACAAAUAGAGGAAGUAUUAGUGAAAAAGAACAUGCCUUAAUCGUGAAUAAGGCAAUGGAUUUCGAUGAAGAGAAAGAUUCGUUUAUUAAAUUUACUGAAAAAGAUUAAAUUUUAAAUCAUACACCUCUUAAGGAUUUAUGGUAGACUGAAGCAUUCAAAGAUAAGCUUCUACUAUUUGUUGGUUAAGAUUGCGAUAAAGUGGCUAAAGAUAAUAAUCUGAAAUAUAUAACUGCAGAUGAAUAUUUAGACUUAUUUCCUGAAAUGGUACCUAACACAUCCAAAGCUCCUGUUGACAGGAAAAAGCUUGUCUCUGAGCUCAAAGAAAGACUUAAUAUUUAAGAUGAUUCUUACUUUGAUAAAUAUCUAUAAGUACAUGGUAUUUUUAUUAUAUAAUAUCCUAAUAGAUGGGAAGAUGUAAUAUAAAUAAUUAUGGAUUUUCUAUCUACUGAGGAUGGUACUUUUGCAAAUGGUAUACCCUUAAUCCCUCCUAAAAAACAUAUCCCUGUUAUUAGUUCUAUGAAUGAUUUAUAUUACAAAGAUUCUUUUCCACUCCCUAGACUACUAAAUGAACCAUUCAUUGAAUGUCUAAAAAGCACAUAUAAAACUUUAUAUAAAGGCGAGAUGAAUAUUCAAUUUUAUGGCAAACCCUAAUAUCUUUAAUUUGAGUUUGCUCAAAAACAUUCUAGACACUUUUUACAAGAUGAUUUAGAAGCCACAAACUAUUAUAUGAUAGGAGAUAAUCCAAAAUCUGAUAUCAAGGGAGCAAAUUCUAUUGGGUGGAAUAGUAUUUUAGUAAGAACUGGUGUUUUUAAUGGUGUGGUGAAUGAUCCCGAAGACCCAGCAAAGUAUGUUGUUUAAGAUAUAGAAGAAGCAAUUAAAUUAAUUUUUAAUCUUGAGGGCAUUCAUUAUUAAGGACCAUGGCCUUCUGACAAAUAACAGUGAGCUUUAUGAAUUUUUUAGUGAAUAUAAUGAGUGAGCGAUAAUUGUUAAGAUAAUUUGAUAAAAAAAUAAAUUAUAAAUAUUUAUUAAAAAUAAAUUAUUUAUAUGUCUAAUUUAUUUAUUAUCUCAGCAACCAAUUCAUACUUAUUACAAAUAAAAUUUUAUUAAUCC